AUGACAGUAUUUCUCUAUCAAACGGCGGCGUUGAUCCCGAUUGGUGAUAUUUUCCUGUUCGCUGAAACUGCUGGAUUGGCUUGGUUACUGCCGACGGACCCUAACAUAUUUCACUCUUUGAAGGACUACGAGAGACCACUGCGAAGAAAUGAUGUAGUCAAGACCGUAAACUAUUUGGAUGAAGAUGGACGGCUGAUAGCUAAAGUUCCUUAUAAAAGAAAGCUUAUAAUCACUCCCGUCUUAGGAAAAAGAAGUAUAGACGACCAUUUGUUAUCGUCAAUUAAGGAGAAACCGAAAAUAAAUAGAAAAAAGAUGCACAGAAACCAUUUUAAGACUGGACAUUUGCAAAUUCAUAAUUUGGACAAGAACAGUAAGGAGUUUCAUCGGAAAAAUCGUCUGGAACUGUACCAGAAGUUUGAAAAACUAUUAACUACGUUACCAAAAGGUCAAGAGUUUAAUAAGGAAGAACACAAGGAGUACGAUAAGGCUCAUGUGGCAGACAUAGACUGUGUGACGCGGUACCCUGGCUGUGAAGAAGUACACGAAUCUAAUUUGAAAUAA